AUGGGCGACUGGAGCUUUCUGGGGCGACUACUCGAGAACGCACAGGAGCACUCCACGGUCAUUGGCAAGGUCUGGCUGACGGUGCUGUUCAUCUUCCGGAUCCUGGUGCUGGGUGCAGCGGCCGAGGAGGUGUGGGGCGACGAGCAGUCGGACUUCACCUGCAACACCCAGCAGCCGGGCUGCGAGAACGUGUGCUACGACCGGGCUUUCCCCAUCUCGCACCUGCGCUUCUGGGCACUGCAGAUCAUCUUCGUGUCGACGCCCACGCUCAUCUACCUGGGCCACGUGCUGCACAUCGUGCGCAUGGAGGAGAAGAAGAAGGAGAGGGAGGAGGCGCUGCGGAAGACGUCUGGGUCGCCGCUGCAGCCUGCCCAGGACGCGCUGCCCAUGCGCGAUGAGGGCGGCCGGGUGCGCAUGGCGGGCGCGCUGCUGCGCACCUACGUGUUCAACGUCAUCUUCAAGACGCUCUUCGAGGUGGGCUUCAUUGCUGGCCAGUACUUUCUGUACGGCUUCCAGCUGCAGCCGCUCUACCGCUGUGACCGGUGGCCCUGCCCCAACACAGUGGACUGCUUCAUCUCCAGGCCCACCGAGAAGACCAUCUUCAUCAUCUUCAUGCUAGCCGUGGCCUGUGCGUCCCUCGUGCUCAACAUGCUGGAGAUCUACCACCUGGGCUGGAAGAAGCUCAAGCAGGGGGUGACCAACCACUUCAGCCCAGAGGCCUCCGAAGCCCAGCUGAGGGCGGGGGACCCGCUCGAAGCCCCACCUGGCCCAUCCACCGUCACCGUGGGAUUCCCGCCUUACUACACUGCCUCUCCCAGGGGACAGACAAGUGCCGCGGGCUAUCCCAGAGCAGACUUCAAAAUGUUACCCCCAAACGAGGCACAAGGCAGAGGCCACCCUGCCCAGUUCUGCAAUGGCCACCACCUGCUAAUGGCGGAGCAGAACUGGGCCAACCAAGCGGCCGAGCAGCAGACUCCUGCGCGGAAGGCCUCCAUGGCCACCAGCCCGCCACUCCUGCAGGAGGCCGAGCCCGGAGGCAGCAUGCCACUGCUCCUGGACAGUGGUGGCAGCAGCUUGGAGGAGAGCACCUUGGCGGUGACACCCGACACAGAGGAGCAGGCCGUGGCCACCGCCGUGGAGGUGCACGCGCCACCCUUGCCCCUUAUAGACCAGGGAAGAUCCAGCAAGGCCAGCAGUGGGCGGGCCAGACCUGGCGACUUAGCCAUCUAG